AUGACGAAGAAAUUAACGAAACAUCAAUUUGAGAAUUCUCGAAGAGAAACUAAUGAUAGCUUUAUGGAGGAAUUUGGAAAUAAUUCGGUGAAUACUUGUCAUGAUAGUCAAAAACUUUGCAAAUUUUGGGCAACCAUUGGUGAAUGCAUCACAAAUAAGAAAUGGAUGGAAAUUAAUUGUCCGGUUGCAUGUAGUAAAUGUCAAACACCUGCAAAAUGCACGAAUAAGCAUGCAUUAUGUUCCUUUUGGUCAUCCAAUGGUGAAUGUGAAAUGAAUGCUGUAUGGAUGCAUGUCAAUUGUCGUCAAUCAUGCAUGCUUUGCAAUGACAGUCAUUUCAAUUUCAAUACAUCUACACGUCAUACAAUAUCGAUUGGUGAUGUACGCAAAAAAAAUGCUCGAUUUGGAUGUGUCUCACAAUUAGAUCGUAAUAAUUGCAAGCAAAAUUUAUGCUAUCAUCUUAGAUUUCGAACUUUUGAUGGUACAUGUAAUAAUUUACAAUCACCACAAAAUGGUGCUGCUUUUUCACCGUACAUUCGUUUGAAAGAACCACGAUAUGAUAAUGGAAUUAAUGCGCCAAUAUCAUCAAUUCGAAAAACGCGACCAAUGGCACGCGAGGCGUCACGUUUAAUGCUUGCAUCAGAUACACAGGUGACAAGUGAUUCAAAUGCUUUGCUGAUGCAAUGGGGCCAAUUUUUGAGCCACGAUAUGGCCAAGACAACAACUCUAAACAAUCAAGAAUGCGCAUCAUGUGAACCUAAUUCUAAAUGCACGAAUGUUUUCUUAUCACGACAUGAUCCAACGUUUGGUCGUUUCCAAUGUUUACCGGUGGCACGUUCUACCCCGUUAUGUGGCACCGGGAAAUCAUUUCCCCGUGAACAAUACAACGAAAACUCGGCAUAUCUUGAUGGUUCAAUGAUUUACGGUUCUUCCGAUUUGGAUCAAUUCAUGUUCCGGCAGGGAAGUUUCAUGAAGACACAGAUUAUUCGAGAUCGUGUUUUCCCUCCAAUUGAUAGCAAUCAAAAUAUUAUCACCGGUGAUGAUCGAGCUAAUAUAUUUGUCGGUUUAGCUGCGCUCCAUGUACUUUUUGUUCGAGAACAUAACAAGAUAGCAUCAGUGUUGCAAGAUUUAAACAAAAAUUGGGAUCAGGAUCGAAUUUUUCAAGAAACACGACGAAUAAUUGGAGCUGCCAUACAACAUAUUACAUAUAAGGAAUAUUUACCUCGUAUAUUAGGCAGUAAAUUUAAUGAAUUAAUCGGUGAGUACGAAGGUUAUGACGAGAACGUGGAUGCAACCAUCAGUAAUGAAUUUACCGGAUGUGCCUUCCGAUUUGGACAUGGAAUGAUACAGGAAUUUUAUCCAUUUCUUGACGAGAAUUUCCACCGUAUAGGUGGCAUAUUGUUUAAUGAUGGCAUGUUCAAAAGUAUCCAUCUCUUUGCGCAUGGAAUUGAUCCAAUCAUUCGUGGUUUGAUAAGUUUACCAGCAAAAAUGCCCCAAAGGCUUACUCCAGCAAUAACUGAACGAAUAUUUGGUAAUUCUGAUCUUGGUUCUAUCAAUAUUCAACGUGGACGUGAUCAUGGAAUACCUGGAUAUGUUAUUUGGAGAAAAUUUUGCAAAAUGCCAAAUGUGCGAACAUUCGAUGAUCUCAAUACAACAAUUAAAAAUCCAAUUUUACGUUCAAAUCUUAAAAUUUUAUAUGGACAUGUAGGUAA